AUGCAGAGCUUCACUUUUGCGCCGCCGACGCUGGCGCCGCGCGAGAACCAGCGCAAUUAUGUCUUCGUAGACGAGCACAACAGACACAAGCGCUUGAAAGUAAUGAGAGCAUGCGAAGGCUGCCGCAGACGCAAGAUCAAAUGCGACGCAGCCACGACGAAUGCAUGGCCUUGCGCUGCAUGCAUCCGUUUAAAGCUCAACUGUGUACCACCUACCGUCAACUACGACAAGGACUACAAUGGUACCCAGACAUUCGACCUCGAGCCAAAGCCUCUCGAGUAUACUCCAGAGGCCCCCUCACAGCAUGACUACCAACAGCAUGCCUCCAUGGCCCAGCCCAUGUCUCACCAAAUGCCUCUGUCCAUGCCCGCCGCCGCCCAGGCCAUGUACCAGGCCUCGCCAUAUGUAGAACAGCAGCCACAAGACCAAGUUCACUAUCAUCCAGCCAUGUCGCAACCUCAGGUAGUUCAGCAGACAAUGUGCUAUGCUCCGCAACAGUCCUACUCGCAAGCAUCAUCGGCACCCCCGCCCACAAUCCUAACCCCCCCAGAAUCGGAACCCCAUUGGCGAACGGAUUCCGUCUCAAGCCUGUCUGAGGCUUUGGGCGAACUCAAAAUUGACCACACUGCUAUUGCACCAUACAUUACCAACAUGAAGAAGGCCCUGGCCGAGACACCAGCACAAGAAGAAUUCGAGGUGCAGCUGCCGCCAUCCGUCAGUCUGGAUCACACAGUUCGCAUACCUCCAGAAAUGAUGCCUUCAGAAGACCAGGCCCUGCACUAUUUUGACUACUUCUUCACCAAUGUCCAUCCUUACUGCCCAGUCAUCAACAAGGCCUACUUUUACCAGCAAUGGCAUAGCGCGCCAGACUCGAUUUCGCCUCUCUUGCUCGAGUCCAUCUUUGCCUGCGCGACACUGAUGCUCGGGGACACGGAACAAGGCAACAAGUGGCUGGCCCUCGCAGCAAGGCACGAAGAAAGCUUUAGAGACGUGUCGCGACUUAGCACUAUGCAAGCCAUGACACUGCUGCUAAAAGCUCGUGAAGCGUCGCCAAAACGCGGCUACUUUUGGCGCUCUUGGAUGGCUACCGUCAGCCUGGUAGCAAUGGCCAAGGACCUGGAAUUGCAUGAGCAUUACGAUACCCACCAGAUGGGAAAGUCUUGUGGGUCGACACCGCAUGACUGUGUCGCAAAGACGAGGGUGUGGCAGAUGUGUUUGGUAUUCGAAGUCAUGAUUGGGGGUCCCCAAGGGCGCUAUGAUUACGGCGUGGAUACCGACACGGUGGAUUUUGAAAUGCCCAGGCCCAUUGCCGGACAGGAUCCCAGCGAGCUCCAGAUUGCGCGCCAGUUUGUGCAGUAUCUCCGUAUUGUCAAGAACGUGUCUCAUUCGGCCAUGAUGUACGGAAAGCUGAGGAAGAAGACGUCUGAUUGGGCCCUGGAUCCUGCUUUUGUCGCGCACAACACCGACUUCUCGCUCUGGCUGCGCGACCUGCCCGAGGACAUGCAGAUUGUCUACCCCCAGGAUGGCUCGGCGCCGUGGAUCCCGUCUCAUCAGAUUGCCAACAUGCACAGCUACCACUGCCUCGCCAUCAUCAUGCACUUUCGACCUCAGCUGCACGCGGUAUCCGACUCGUACGACGCCAUUUGGAAGCAGCACAUGCUCACGUGCUACUCGGCUGCCAAGAACCUGUGCAAGCUCCAAGAGGCUAUCCUCAAAACCUACGGCAUGCCUGGGCUGUUGUGUAUGAUGAGAGGCAUCAGCUUCCACAUCUAUGCUGUGCUGACGUGCACCAUGCUGCACCUCGUUGCCCUCACGUGCCCUGACCCUGACAUCAACCUCGACGCCAGAGACUUUUUCGUAAGGCAAAUGCGCGUUCUGGAGACGAUUUCGCCCUCGUUCCCAAUGCCCGAGAUGCAGCAGCAAGUCAACAGCCUGCGCCAAGCCUUCUCGGCCGACUGCACCAAGCCGUUUGAGUUGAAACCGUCGUUUCCCUUUGGCAGUCCCCAGGUAGCUCCGCAAACGAGUCCGUUGAGCCACCAGGGUUCUUACCGACGUCACCCGGGCCACUCUUCGCCGUUGGAACAACCAGGUCAGGUCACAUAUCAUGCACACCCCAUUACUCCACCAAUCUCGGCAUCGGACCACGGGUCAAAGGCUGACUCUCCCGUAGCUCAGUCUUUGGUCAUGAUGGCGUCGGGUCAGCGUGUGCUCCAGUCAGCAUCUAACUUGCAGAUGCCCGACAAUGCGCAAUGGAACCCACAAAGGAUCUUUGAUCAAUGGAAUGUUGCCUUUGGUACGCCCCCUCCCACUAGCGCGUCCUCUCAGUCUUCCCCGCCUCUAAGACCCAACCCUUCAGGAACCAAUUACGACAUGCGGCCGGCGCAGGACCACAUGCAACCCAACUAUCAAAUGGCGAAUACUUCGCCCCAAUCGACCCAUGUUCACGGACCACCGGGUCAAAUGCCCCCGUCAUCGACUUACUCCAAUCCCGCCGCGCCCGUCUAUGUGACUCCGACCAUGUGGCAGGAAGCCGUUCAAAGUUCCAUGCCCGACGGUCUUAAGCGCAGAUGGGAUGGUAACGCCAUGGCCGACCAGUCCAUGUACAAACGAUCACGCUGA